GCCAGCGGCGCAGUCGAGACGUGCUUUCUGUUACAAAACGUCAUGAAAUAAUCUGGCCCGUGGAAAAUAGGUUUUUGAAAAAGUCAUCAAAUCAACGAUGGAGGAUGUUCGCGAAAUCAUGGCGAGGUGGGACGCGUUGGGCAGCCGCGACCCGAGUUCAAGGGAGUCGGCUAUGGAACUCAUCAGCCAAGAGGUUCUGAGGCGCGCCCAAGGGAUCGAACCGGCGUCCCCCGGCGACGCAGCGACUGGUCCCCAUGUGGCAGCCGAUCUGAAUGACAUGUUGGCUCGCAUCCUCAUGCUCUCCAAGCGCUGUCCCUUCCGCAACAUCAGGGAGAAGUGUGCCUGGGUACUUCAAAGCGUCCAGGAUAUGGGAGUACGUAUCCCCAGGCCGCUUGGAAACGGGCCAAGCAGAUUUAUCCCAGAGAAGGAAAUCCUGACGGUCAGCAAGGUUGAGGAGCGUAUGGAGUCCAUCUUCGAGGACGCCUUCGCCACGCUGGGCCGCGUGGACAACAUCUCCAUGGUGAUGGGCUUCCACCCACAGUACCUGGAGAGCUUCCUGCGCACCCAGCACUACCUGCUGCAGAUGGACGGCCCCCUGUCACUACACUACAGGCAUUACAUAGGCAUCAUGGCUGCGGCACGGCACCAGUGUUCGUACCUGGUGAACCUGCACGUGAACGACUUCCUCCAGGUGGGGGGCGACCCCAAGUGGCUGAAGGGCCUGGACAUGGCCCCCUGCAAGGUGCAGAUGCUGGGGGAGCUCAACAAGAUCCUGGCCCACCGGCCUUGGCUGCUCACCAAAGAACACAUCGAGAAGCUGCUGAAGGCGGAGGAGAACAGCUGGUCGCUGGCGGAGCUGAUCCACGCGGUGGUGCUGCUGACCCACUACCACUCGCUGGCCAGCUUCACCUUCGGCUGCGGCAUCAGCCCCGAGAUCCACUCGGACGGCGGACACACCUUCCGGCCGCCCUCGCUCAGCGUCAGCGCCGGCGGAUAUUGCGCCUGCGACAUCGCCAACGGCAACGGCCAACUCGCCACCACCGAGGAGAUGCUGCUGGACGCCAAUCACCAGGGUGUGGAGGUGGGCGGGGAGGUGGAGGUGCUGAUGGAGCGCAUGCGGCUGCUGCAGGAGUGCCGAGACGAGGAGGAGGCCAGCCAGGAGGAGAUGGUCAUGCGCUUCGAACGCGAGAAGACCGAGAGCAUGCUGGUGGCCACCGCAGAGGACGAGGACAGUGUGCAGUCCAGAGACGUGUCACGCCACUUUGAGGACCCCAGCUACGGCUACAAGGACUUCUCCAGGAGAGGAGAGCACGUGCCUACCUUCAGAGUGCAGGACUACAGCUGGGAGGACCACGGCUACUCGCUGGUGAACCGGCUGUACCCGGACGUGGGCCAGCUGCUGGACGAGAAGUUCCAGAUGGCGUACCACCUGACCUACAACACCAUGGCCAUGCACCAGGGCGUCGACACUUCCAUGCUGCGCCGCGCCAUCUGGAACUACAUCCACUGCAUGUUCGGCAUCCGCUAUGACGACUAUGACUAUGGGGAGAUCAACCAGCUCCUGGACCGGAGCUUCAAGGUCUACAUCAAGACCAUGGUCUGCUGUCCAGAGAAGACCACCAAGAGAAUGUACGAGAGCUUCUGGAGGCAGUUCCAGCACUCUGAAAAAGUACAUGUAAAUUUGCUUCUUAUGGAAGCACGUAUGCAGGCGGAGCUGCUGUAUGCUCUGAGAGCAAUCACCCGAUACAUGACAUGAAGUGCUUUGGCUCUUUUUUUCUCUCCUUCUGUUUUUACUGUUAUCAUUGUUGCUAUUGUGAGAAACUUACAAAAUGCUAUACAAUUAAAAAAAAAACUUUUUUAAUGAAAAAAAAAGAAAAACGUACAGGAAAAUCAGAAGAACGCAAGAAUGUCAAAGAGGAAGGUCGUUGGUCGGAGACAAGACAAUGCAUCUUCCAUGAAAAGGAUGAAUGGGAACAGCAAUACAAAAAAAGAGUGGACGAAUGAAUGAAUGAAAAGGACAAUUCAGAAGGAAAACAAAAAAAAAAUCCUCGUCUAUAGCAAGAGGCGUGUGUUUUUUUUGCUUGAGCCCACCGCUGAAUGACUUCUUUGGUCUAGCCAGCUGACCCAGCUGUGAGGCUUGCAGUGCCAUGGCCUGACCACAGGAGGGCGUCUGAACCACAAAACUCCCAGAGUCGUUUAUAGAGAUAGAUCUUUAUGUAUGGCUCUGAAAACUCCCCCUACCCUUCCCACUGCCCAACGCUUCGGGCUAUAAAGGAGGCCAUCAGACUGACUUGAAGAGAUCCAACAGAGGUGGGACGUCUUCACUUGUGUCGUGAAGGAGUCACACCCUCUGUUGUGACAAGGAAAUGAAAAACAACCAGGACUUUCUAAAAGAGGGGGAGACAUGAGAGAACAAUUACCCCCUCUGCCACCCUCCCCCACCCCAACUCCCUUCAUGUGCACUCAUACUGCACGAGCAUAUUACUGAAUUUUCUCUCUGGUUCCAGCAUUAUCAUUAUCAGUAAUUAUUUUUCUAUUACGAUUGUUGUCAUUUUUUUGUGCGUAAGUAUGUUUGUGUUUUUUUCUGUGUGUGUUUUUGUUGGGGAAUGGCUUGAGGUUGGAGUAUUAUUUUUGUUGUUGUGGUCGUUGUUUUUGACAUUGUGCCUGAACCGCAGACAGUCCUGAAUGUCUGAUGGUGCUGCUCAAUACGCUUAAACCCCUGAAAAGACGCCCCGUAUCCCCCCACUACUCCAACAUUUCUGGAUAAGUAGUUUCCGUGAUUUUAUCUGACCAACCCAACCAUAACCCCAGUAUCAAAUCCUGAACCUCUAUUACCUGAAUAUGUAUAAGCUAACCUUCAGAGAAAGUGAAUGAGUGUGCGUGCGUGCCUGUUGUUCAGUAAGUGUGUGUAUGUGAGCUGAAUGACUGAAAGAGAGAGAGAAAAUCAGAGAAUCGCUGCCUGAGCCCUGUUUUAAAAGGUUUACUGUAAAAACAACACCACUUUGUUUCAGCGUUGUGACAUUUCCAAAGUGUUUUCAGGAAAACAAACAAAAAAAGAAAAAGACUAACAGAAAAAAAAUGGAAAAGUGAAAACCAUAUCAAAAACAGAAUCUAGCCUUUUUUGUUGUUGGAAAUUUCAAACGUUGGAAAGAAAAAAUCAAAGGCACUUUUAUUUUUUAGACCAGCUAAAUGGCUUUGGCUUAUAGUAGCAGUAUGGUGUGGUGACCAUUUCUUAUGCGUAACAAAAGUUAAAAAAAAAAAAAAACUGAUUGGAAAAAAAAAUCUUUCAAGAAAAAAAACAACAGAAAGAAGUCUUCCUGCCUGUGUUAUCCAUGCUGGUGUUAUCCUGACACCUUCAGUACUUGGCCUGUCUUCCUUUUCUCCUACGUUACCCAUAAUAUGGUCACCCUCCCAAAAACAAAUACCCAGGCCUCGACUUCCAAGCAAAGUCGAGGUCUUGGGUUAUCAGUAUAAGCAAGAUAUUAAAAUACCUCCUGAUAUUUGCAUUGUGUUUAGUGUGUUGGUUUUUUUUCUUAACUUCUUAAAAGUGCUCUUCACUGAGCUUUUGUGACGCAGAUGAGUAUAGUCUGCUCAUGUGCAGAAAGCAGACGUGCUUAAGACGUCUAUCAUUGUCACCCCUGACACUGCAGUCAGAGGCUGAACGAAGCUUGUUUUUUGUUGUUGGGUUUUUUUGUUUGUUUUUUUAUUCCCAAACAUAACCAGUGUAACUAAGCAGAGUUUUUUCACUUUAGGUUUGUGGAGGGAUCUUCACUGUUAUUUCAUUUGGGUUUUUGUUUGUUUACUAAUAAAACAGCACAGUACUGCAUUCUGUCGGCAUCUUUGUGGAACAGAGAUGGGUGGAGAGAAGAGAGAGAGGGGAUGGUACUUUUUUUAAUUUCCAUUUAUUUUCCUUUUCCAAGAAGACUGUAAAAGACAAGAUUGAAAAGUUUUUUUUUUUUUACCAAACUUCUGAGACUGACUUCGGUUACUGACAGUUUUAUAAGAAAACAGAAAAAAAACAAUAAAAGAUUAUGAGAUUUGAA